GCUCCUUAGGCGAUGUGAAACCCGUGAAUCAGGCUACCGAAGCGCUGUGUUUCGAAGCUGAACAGCCUGUAUGAAACGCGUAGGCUAUGAUGCUGCUGCAAUGUCUUGCCUACAUCCUCCGCGACCUCAGUCAGCAUCAAAAGGGGAUAUUUCUGGUUUUCGAUCCACUCCCAUCCACUCCCACGGGGUGCCCACUCGGUUAAAAACGGCUGGACGUAGAUGAGAAGACUCAUUUCUCAUUAUGGACGCAAAAGAUGCUGAAGCGAGGAUAGCAGGCAGCGUUGCCAUUGGCCGAGAGCUGGGCGCGCGCAGAAAGUUCUGGGUGCUGCUGCUACUCCACACCCUGCUGACGGGCGCGUGCAUCGCCUGCUGCGUCUGGACUCUGUCCGCCCUGCAGUCCUCGACAUCAGGACCCCUGGUUCCUGUCAACACCACUCUAUGGAAAUUGCCAUUGAGCAGAGGGAUAUACCUGAACAUGAAGAAAGUUCCAGAUGAAGAAAAUACUAAACUGCAUUUCACUGUGACCUGGAACCAGAGCGUGGAGCUGAAUCAUGAAAGUGAAGUGAUGGUGAAGUUGCCGGGCCCCUACAUCUUCUACAUCUGUGCCAAAGUGACUGGGAACAAAGGCACCAUGGGCAACCUGACCCUGGAGCAGAAAAAAACCGUAGCCUCCAUCACACUUCAGGCUGAAAACCCGGACACGAGGUGUGUGAGACACGAGAGACUGGUCAGCCUCUAUGAGGAUGAAGUGGUCACCAUCAAUUUCUUUAAACCUGCUGGGCAAGAGUUCCUCAGACUCGAUGACCUUCGUGUAGGCCUACAUUACCUGCUAGGAGAACAGCAUUUUAAAACUCCAAAAAACGAGGACUAGAGACUGGGUUU